AUUCUCCCCAUCUCCCCGCACGAACUUAGGCCUGGUCUUAUUUGUCGCUAGCGUUGAGCAAACUGGGUUGACGGCUCGUGUAUAGAACAUUAGAACUGACCUAGCUGUUCGGUAAACAUGUUGGGUUGGGAUUCUCGAUUAAAAAAAUUGUAGUGGGUAGUGACUAAUGCUUGAUAAAAUGGGAAUGGGCCAACGGUCUGGGUUGAUAAAAUGGCCUAAUGGGCUGCAAUCAAUCAAUAAUGAGGUGUGGGCCAAAUUUCUGGGCUGAUAAGAUGGUUGAAUGGGCCGCUUCCAGCUAAUGUACAAGCCUUCUGAAGCUUGUCUUGGGCAGGGCCUUAGUCCUUCUAGGCGGCUCGGCCCUUUAAGAUUUUCUUGGUUUUUCGAGUCUGAAUUUUGCUUCUGUUGCUCUGCCAAUCCCUAACCCGCCACCACAGCUACCGUUGAUUGUUCCAUACAUGAGAAGUUUCAAUGAUUCCUACGCAUUUCUCCUGAAAUCUGUGCUUUCUUCCGCUCUAUUUUCCAGUAAUCGGCCUUUUCGCCAUUUCAAAUUGGUCCAUUCCCUUCGCGAAUCUAAACCCAGAAAACCUACCAAAAAAUGGGGCGUAACUUCAAAGAAACCAGCCAAAUUGUUACUCACCAGAGAUUCAGACGCGAAGGUUUACAUGAGAAACAUAAUUGCAAACAUAUACAGAAUCUUGAAGUUCUCAACUUGGGAUUCUGCUCAGCAACAACUCGAAAAACUCCCUAUAAAAUGGGACUCCUACACAGUCAACCAAGUCCUCAAAACCCACCCACCAAUGGAGAGGGCGUGGUUGUUCUUCAAUUGGGCCUCGCGAUUGAAUGGGUUCAAGCAUGACCAGUAUACUUAUACCACGAUGCUUGAUAUAUUCGGAGAAGCUGGGAGGAUAUCAUCGAUGAAUUAUGUUUUUAAGCUCAUGCAAGAGAACGGGAUAAAGGUCGAUGCAGUUACUUAUACUUCGCUUAUGCAUUGGAUUUCGAGUUCUGGGGAUGUUGAUGGGGCAGUGAACAUGUGGCAGGAAAUGAAGUUUAAUGGGUGUAAUCCGACUGUGGUUUCCUAUACAGCGUAUCUUAAGAUUUUGUUUGAUAACAAGAGAGUGGAGGAGGCUAGUGAUUUGUACAGAGAGAUGAUUCAGAUUGGCAUUUCACCCACUUGCCACACAUAUACAGUUUUGAUGGAGUACCUUGUGAGCGUAGGCAAAUGUGAAGAGGCCAUGGAGAUCUUCAGCAAAAUGCAAGAAUCUGCAGUACAACCUGAUAAGCCUGCGUGUAAUAUAUUGAUUCAGAGAUGUUGCAAGGUUGGUGAGACAAAAACAAUGAUGCGAAUUCUGCAGUAUAUGAAAGAAAAUUGUCUUGUUCUUCGUUAUCCUGUUUUUCUUGAAGCCCUUGAAACUUUAAGAGCUGCUGGUGAGAAUGAUGCUCUCCUUAGAGAAGUUAAUCCUCAUAUUUCUCCUGAAUGUGUUGUGCAUGAGAAGGAAGUUCCAUGUGUGCCAACUGCUGAUAAUGAUAAUUUGGACAAGAAUCUCGCAUUAAUUUUAUUGAAGAAGGAAAAUCUUAUUGCCAUUGAUCGUUUGCUUUCAGUGACAGUUGAUAAGCAUUUACAAUUAGAUUCUGUGAUUAUUUCAAUGAUCAUCGAGGUAAACUGUGAUCGUUGCAGAUUUGAUGGUGCUUUAUUGGCAUUUGAAUACAGUGUAAGAAUGGGAUUAAACCUUGAGAAUUAUGCAUAUCUUGCCUUGAUAGGCAUUUCAAUAAGAUCCAAUACAUUUUUAAAGGUGCUUGAGAUUGUCAAGGAGAAGAUGAGGGCUGGACACUCUCUUGGUGUAUAUCAUGGUGCCCUUAUAAUUUACAGACUUGGGCGUGCUCGAAGGCCCACUCUUGCUGCAAAGAUCUUUAACUUAUUGCCUGAUCAACAGAAAUGCACUGCGACUUACACUGCCCUGAUCAGUGUCUACUUCUCUGCUGGUAAUCCCGAUAAAGCCCUAAAAAUUUACGAAAUCAUGAGAAGGAGAUGCAUUCAGACUUCUUUAGGCACAUACAAUAUUCUGUUAACUGGUCUGGAAAAAAGUGGCAAAGCUUGCGAAACAGAAACUUAUAGGAAGGAGAAGAAGAGGCUGCUGAUUGAUGCUGCUUCCCGCGAUAGUGUCCCCAUGGAGGAGAAGAUGUGCGACCUUCUUUUUGCAGGCUAGAUGGCGUAAGGACAACUAAAAUUCUAGCGAUUUUGUUUCCAAAUUGACAGCAAGUGAUGAAAGAGGUGCUUGUUGUUGUUUAAUUGAGGGCCACAGGCAACUAUCGCAUCUCUACUGCGCUGAGGGCUUGUAGACUAUCCACGAGGGAGUGGCAAGCGGUUUGAGUUUGCUCAAGGGCUGUAAUUAGAAUACUCUCCUUCAAAUGGGUCUCACUUUAUUGUACUUGAAUCACAUGUACGUGUUCACAGAGAAAACAUCAAGGAACAGAAAUGGUUCACUCCGUGGGCUGUAAAUGAUGCAAGAAUCGAUCCCUAAAUCAAGGUGAGGCAAUAAUGCUAAAAGAAUAUAUGCUUAUUCGAUUGAAUGGAUACAAUAACUCUCUGAAAAUAGUGAAAUUAUGGCAGAUUAUGAUCUCAAUAUAUGCAAGUUGAUUUCUUACAGAUAAGGUUCUCCUACCAAUUGGUACCACUGCAUAGGAAGCAAUCACAUGUUCCUUCAAUCUGGUACUGUGUCUCUUUUCAGUUAAAAGCUUGCAUAUAAUGUUGACAAUGGCGAUGAGAAUGGAAUAGGUUCUGGAUUCUUGAAACUUUGGGAUUGAAUUGACGCACUCUUUUAAGUUUUAAUCAAUAAUGUCACCAUAUCUAGAUAUUGUUCUGUACUUCUGUGCGUUCUCUGCCAUCAGACAGGGGCAUGGAAGUGAAGCAUUUUAAAAGAAUGGUCUCUGUGGCACAAGUGGAAUCUCUCGUGAACAUUCUCAGGUCUCCAUGUUGAGAGGGUAAAAGAGUUUCUCUACUCUUUUGAACUUUUGGUUGGUUUUCAGACUCAGCAUUCUUGGUUGGUUUACAGUCAUUGUGAUAUACCUAACUAAUGCUGGCCACAUAAGUACACUUGUACUGUUGUAUAAACAGACCAUAUGAUUCAUGGGAUGCAUGGGGGUUGAUGUACCCCACUCUAGCCUUUUUGGGUCGAACUAAUGAUAUUUUUUUGUUCGAAACAAAAAUAAAAUUCAUCACAAUCAAAACAUUCGUGUUUUGAGUUUAUAUCC